GGAUGUGGACCAGGUCGACGACCUGAUGGCAGACAUACAGGAACAGCAGGACAUUGCACAGGAGAUCUCUGAUGCCAUCUCCAAACCUGUAGGCUUUGGGGAGGAUGUUGAUGAGGAUGACCUGAUGGCAGAGCUAGAGGAGCUGGAACAGGAGGAGCUGGAUGAGAAACUCCUGGACAUCAACGCACCAUCAGAAGAACUACCCUCCGUGCCUGGUCACAAGAUCCCUGCAGCACAAGCAGCAGUUGCUGAUGACGAUGAUGAGAUGAAAGAGCUGGCUGCCUGGGCCUCAUGAGCACCUACAAACAUACCCCUGCCCCAUGUCACAGCCUGCAGGAAGUGUCGAGGAAAGUUGAUUCCAGAAACUCUACUGGUCUUAGGUUAAGGUUACGCGUACAGUAAAUUACUAAAGCAAGAUCAUUGUGAAGAAGAUUUAAUGAUACCUAAAACGUACAACUUGAGUUGUUGAAAACUCAAGAUAUCUCUUGUCCUGGUAUCUUAUUCGUUGUUGAUAGAAGAAUCUAGAAUGAGCUGUACUUACUAUUGUGGGGAAUUUUUUACGACUCUUCUGACGUCUAUGGUAAUACUGUCAUCGUAUCAUGGACUUGGGCUGUACUACCCUCAACAUUGUCUUUCUUGUUUAACAAAUGGAUUUGGCUUGAACAGGUACCGGUCCAGUUUCUUACAUCAACUCCUCUUCCCUACUGUCAUGUUAAUCUAAAUGAACUGUACAAUAUCAAACUCCAACAUGGAAAUCAUCGACAUCAAAUUGCCUUCAACCUUGAGUGUUUGUUUUCAGGUAAGCCACCAGCGUAAUGAGAUACAUGUAUAAUUUUUUAAUCUCUCACUGCAUCGAGGCCUUUUUCUUCUAUGUAUCAGUAUCUUUUCAUUCAUUGUGAUUCGUGGUGGUAGGCACUGUAAAUAUGAUAUGAUACUAGUAAGUGGACACUGUUUAGAAGUAUUGGUGCCAGGCCUUUAUCUUCUAUACUUUACAUUGAAUAAUGCAUUGACCUGAAUGGGUAGGGGUUAGACAGAAUGUUGGGCUCAUGUCAUCCACUGAAAACAGUAUGUAUUAUUAAUAUUACGCACUGCAUUUCUAUCAGAUUUAUAUUAAACUGUCUUUCUUACAACAUAGGUAUCACCAUGUUGGUUUUGGUUACUUCUGGACUUCAUUAUGCAAGGAAUGGUGUAGAUAAGUUUGAUGAACACAGCAUAUAGAAUAUGUAUGUACAUGUAGAUGUGUGAAUUUCGUAUGGUAGAUUUAGACGUGUAAUUACAUGCAGCUUCCUCUGUUAUCUACAUAGGCGGUAGGCCAUCGAGUUUUUGUUGAAAUCAGUAUUAGUUUGCUGUAAUAAAAAUCAGACUCCACGGAAAGAUUCCCGAGAAUCGUACACUUACACACUCUGGUAAGCGAUUUCGACAAAAACUCGAUGGCCUAUCGCCCAUGUUAUCUAUUGACUUUUUGGUGUUUUUGAUAGUGGUAUAAUAUUGAAUAUGAUAGAUGAGUAUGAUACAAAAAUUACAACAAAGAAUUUGUAAAGGCUGAAUCAAAGAUCAUUACAUGUAUGUACAUUUUGUAGACAAUGCUUUUCUGGAAAUACAUCAAAAUGUUGACUUGCGUGGCUGUAACUAUGAUUGUACACAAUGUACAAAUUGCCACUGAAGGUGGGCAUUCAUUACCUGCCAGGUUGUAAGUACUGGUCAAACUUUUAUGUCAUGAUGUUUAAACUAGAUUCUACACUGUCACACAGUUUGCCAACUGUACAAAGGAAAACGUGGUUCUCGAGACACAGCCUACAAGGCGUUAACCUGGCCAAAGUUUCAGUAACUACACAGCUGCCACUUACCUUCCUCUGUCUGUACAGAGUUGGAAUGGCUAUCAUUUUGCAGUUGAGGCUGCGUAUAUGAAUAUGUCAAACCUCGGAACAAUUAACCUAUUUUUUAGUUUCCUCUUUUAGAGAUGGACUUAUCAUAAGACAUUAGCUUUCAAAUAAAAAAAUCGGAAGGUUGACAGAAGUUGCUAUUUUAUGACAAUGAAUAAACAAAUUUAGGCACAAAAAAGUCUAUCAAAAGGCAACAGGCCUGUGCCAAACAUUAGAGCAAAAGGAAACAUUACUUGAACUCAAGUAUACUGAAUCUGAUGUUUGAGUACUAGACUGGGAAGAUGUAGACAAGAAUAACAGGUUGUCCUUUAUCAGUGUAAAAUCUUGACAAUGGGGCUGCAGCUGUACUACUGAGUUAUUGGCAUAAGUGUCAUGCAUGAGAUUUUGUUUUACGUUUGAAGACCUCAUACUUGUGCUCGAAACAGGAGAUGUAAAUACUGAUCACUGUAUGUUUUAAAGUACUAAGACUACUUUCAUUGAACAUUCUUCUUUUCUUUGCUGGUAGCAAUAAAAGUAUUACCUGGUAUUUGG